CCCUGCUGCCGAGCGCACGCAUCCUUCCCGCCUUAGCCCAACCGCAGCGUCAGCAGCACUAUUUUGGGCUUGCACAGCCUGCAACUCACUUUGUGGCGCGGCACCUGGCUUCUCCAACAUCCGGAUGGCGUCUAGAGUAGAUAUGGGCAGGUUUGCUCAUGUGUGCCGAAAGCGAAAGCAACAAGCUUUUGGCCGUCUCAUGCUCUGACCUGCAGACUUGAGAAGGGCGUUUAUCUACUCGUCACUCACUGCCAUACUGUCUCACUCACUCGUCCUCACCACUCAGCUCAUGUGCUCAUCCCUGCCGCGCCCGUACUCGUCCUGACGCAACGAGAUCAGUCGACGGUGUUGGUGUGCUCUUGUGAGGGAGGAUUGGUUGACGCCUGCCGCUAAGCCUCAUCCCGUUGGUUGUCGGCGGCGCAGACGUUGGGUGCACGUCCAACUCUCAAAAAGAAAGAAAACGGGGCGGCAAAUAGUUUUCUCGACUUGUCGUGGUUGAGUCUCGUCGACAGCACACACACUUGCGACCAAGGCCGCCAUGUCUAAGAGAUCAGUCUUCACCACAAUAAGCCCGCUGCCGGCGGACAUACCGCGCGAGACGGUCAUCAGCUUCCUACACAACCACCUGGAGAUGAUCGACCUGAACCCGCUGGUCAAGGAGAGGCACCCCAUCAAGCCGCCGCCCGGCAGCCCCGAGGACGAGCUCGGGUGCGUGUGGUACUCGCUGACGGACCGCAUCACGUACCUCCCGGGCGGGCUCGCCAGCGGCGACAUCUCGUACACGUGCGCCUUCCACGACCUGCCCGACGGCAUCCAGACGCACUGCCGCGCCCCGCUCAACGUCGACAUCAGGGAGAAGUGGACGCUGGGCGGCACGCUGCCGGGCGAGCCGGCCGGGCCCGUCGAGCUGGGCAUCGGCGCCCCCGCCACGGGCCUGUACAUCCGCGAGGACGUCGACCUCCGCUGCAACAUCCUCAUGACCGGCUUCGUCAAGAAGAACCUCAAGAAGUCCCACGCCACCCUCGUCGACCACCUCGUCGAGAAGGCGAGGCACGCAGCGGGAGCAUCCUCUGCAGACAGGGACAGCAUCCGCACCGCCCAGUCGCCCCUGAGCGCCGCCGACGAGAAGCCAGCCCUGUUCCCACCCUUGUCGUCGUCGUCGCCGUCACAGGCGUCGCAGGACCAGCAGCCUGCCCACCCCAACACGAGGAGAAGCCCGCCCCCGCAGCUCGGGAGCCCGUUCGUCCAGGGAUACCAGCCGGGGCUCCCGCCGUCCAUGCGAUAUCCCAGCCCAAACACGGGCGAGCAGCAGCGUCACAACGCACCACCGCCCAUGGCACAUUACAGAUCGCACUCGCAGUCCACCAUCUCACCCAACCGGCUCGACCACCACCACCAGCAACAACACCACUACCACCACCAAGCAGCCUGGGGCCACCCGGCAGCCCACCCGCUGCCCCCGUCCAUGAGGCCCCCCCAGCCGCCGCACCGCUACUCCCAGCCCGCCCCGCCGCCGGCCCAUCACCACGACAGCGCGCUCUACCCCCAACCCCUCCGCGUCCGCAACACAUCCGUGGGCUCUGCCUCCGCCCACGUGACACAGCCCCUGCCCGGCCCCACGACGACCAGCAGCAGCGGCGCCCGCACCUCGUCGUACCGCAGCUCAGGCUCCUUCUCCUCGUCGUCCGUGUCCACGCCCACGGCGGCUACCAGCACCAGCGGCGGCGACGACCACCCGGAGUACCCGUCCCUGAACCCGUACUCGGGCGUCGACGGCGACGACGAGGCAGCGCCGCCGCCGCCGCGCGCCCCGCUGGUCUUUGCCGAGCUCGCCGGGUCCGAGGGGGUCGGGAGGGCGCGGGAGGGCGGCGGCGACGUGCACCGCUCCCACCCCACGGUGCUGAGGCCCGGCGGCCGCUCUGGAAUGGGGGCGCGGCUGGGGUCGCCCUUCACCGCGGAGCUGGAAUGAGCGGCUCUGUCUGCUGCCUGGCCGUUUGCGGUCUUGUUCGACAUCGGGCUCCCCGGCGCUAGUGGCGGGCGAUGAUUGUCUGGCUGUCUGGCUGGCUGGCUGCGUGCCAGGGGAGGAGGGGAUAGGGGAUCGGCGUGUCGGAUCCGCGACGCCCAACGCGCUCUCUCGUCAUCCGAAUGCGGCCGGCCUGUGUACCCCGGGGGGGUUCUUGUCUCGGGCUCAUAUCACGUUGCCUCGGUGAUGGGACGUCCUCUGGCAUGUGGCCUUUAUCUUUAGUUUAGGCGUUUCCUAGUUUUGUCUGGUGCCGCUUGCGGCGUUUUUUAUUUUCUUUUCGUGUUCCUCUUGGAGUUCCGGUGUGUUGCUAUCGUUUAGGAUACCCCGUCUCAAUACAUACCUUUUCCGCUUGCUUUCACCGUGCAUAGUGUCUGUCACAGAAUGUUCAAAGUAGGGGCCAUUCGAAAUGAAGUGGUGACAUUGGUCGGUUAUCUAUCCUGCUUUCCAGAACACAAAUAUACUUAUGGAACAGGAGACGAGGAGCAGUCACACACAGGUCAUAGACAUAAUAAAAAUAAUGAUGUUUGUUCAUGCUUCAUUUGUUACCACUCACGCGUCCAGUCUAGUCCCCCUUCACCCCCGAUCGCAUGUUUUCAUCUUUUCAUCCCGAAAGCCAUAUUAACGUCGACUUCGUGAGUAGCAGGCAUGGAAAGAACAGCAACAAGUAAGCCAGCAGAGCAAGGAGAGAGAGGCCCUAUGCCUCCCUCCUCAGCGACCAACCAACUCAUCUCGCCGUCUCUCUUUCCACACCCGCAUACAAAAUAUUAAAAAAAUGGAAAGAGUGACCCGAAACCCUAUGGUGAUGGGGUUUGGGGAACAACCGAUUUACAGAAACGUCCCGAAAACCGUCCUGAAGAAAAAACACACGAUAAUAGAUGAGAAUGCCCUCGUGUGGAAAAGUCAACACCAAAAAAAACAUGCGUGUUCUCCGACCAACCACACCACAACAGAUCUCCCCCUCCCCCCUCAUCUCCCAUCAGGAUGUCCAUGUACCUAUCCCAAACACCACUGCCACCCGCAGGGCUCCUCUCCAUCUCCGUCACUGCCGCCCUCACAGGGCAGCCACGCCGGCAAUGACACCAGCCAGGAGGCCAGGGACCGUGAGGCCGCCGGCGCCGGCCGUGACGUAGGUGGGCUUGGCCGGGGCGGGCGCCCAGGUGCCGGUGGCCGGCGGCGGCGGGGCCGG